CAUGUUGGCAGCGUUGCCCUGUUAAAUGCCUGUUAUCAACUGUUCCAAACUAACAACCGAGCUCAUUUGCAGAGGAGCUCGAGUCAACAAUGCUUGAUGCUACCUGUCUGAAGCGGGACUCAUUGAUACGAGCCGCUACACUCAUUCAUAAUCAUGCAGAGUGGAGCGUGACAGCAUUAAGCACUAAAAUGAAGAGCGACCAUUGUACUGAGCCGUAAUGUGAACGGUGUCUUGGUGUCCUAAUUCUAUUGUGUGUGUUUGUAUAUAAACAUAGAUUUGCUCUUCUGCAUAACCACAACUAAUAAUACCAGACAAACCUUAUUGCCAUGGUCGGUCAUAGCUCCUGAUUGUUUGGGGUGAUUCUCAUUCUAUGCUGGUACCCAGAGUGGAAAAUUGAUCAAAGGGCAGAAUAAGCUCCAGUUCCUCUUGCUCCGUUGGUCAAUCAUGCUCUCUAAGACCAGAUAGACAAAAGUUUCUUCAGCUUUUCAGCCACACAGAGCAAUUAUUUCCAGUAUAGCUCACUCUGUCUUUACCACCCCUUGAAAGUGAUUUAUGUCGCCAAUACGGAAGGAAAUUGGGAUCCUGAACUCCAAUAUUAGCUGGUUGCCGAUUACGGCCUCGUUCUAAUUUUACACGCGCUAGACUUCCAUGUUAUACUCAGUAGACAGUAUAAUGUCCUAGUUUAACACCCAACCAGGAGGCAAAUGGGUCAAAGCUCCCGUUUUUUUUUUUUAAACUGGUCACAGAAGAACGUCGGCCACUGCAGCUGUCGGAGAAAAAGAAAACAACUUUCUCGGUGAAAAAUUGGAUUUGAGCAAGGCCUUCUUUUUUUCCCGCUGCUAUACUUGAGAGUUUUGCGUCACAGAAAGAAUCCUUUUGUCACCGCAAGAUGUUUUUGAUUUUCUCGUCAUCCCAUCUCUAAAAACACCCACGAGAGCCGGCUGUUAGAUGCGAUAAGAGCUUUCUCUCUGUUCUCUUUCUUUAAAUCACUCUCAAAAUACUGAUGUGCUGUUGUCUUUGAUGGUUAGAUUGCUCGACUCGGCAACGUGACCACACACACGUGCAGUACACACUACCAGGGAUACUUAUUAAUAGAAAGUUCAUCAACCUCUUCCUUGUUAUUACUAAGAACAGCUAUUUGACAUGUCAGAGCUACCCGGGUACUGCUGUCUGUGUGAAGUGGAGAGGAUAUUUCCGGUGAUACGGUUACAAGUGCAGGCGUUUCACAGACCAGGACAAAUCGCUGUCAAUUACUCAUUCAACAAUCGGAUGGAGCCAUUUUCUGUUAAGUGUAUUUUGCUACUGCUAUUUUCCAUCUCCUGUCCUGUUGUGAGGUUUAAACUUUAGUAUUCUACUGUGAGAGGGAGUAAUGGUAGAGGCCACACUGUUCUAUGCUCGUUCUCAAUAAAUCUGAACUAAAAUAACACCUUGUUUUUUUUAACCAAAGCGACCAACACCUCCACAUUUUAGUUUUUGGAGCCUCAUUGACUGCCAUAGGCGCUCAUCGGGGAUUCAUUUAAGAAUCAGAAUUAAGAAUCAAAGAUGCAUCGUGAUUAUCCUCACCUGCACGGUCUGACAGGCAGACUACUCAAGUGUAGUUUUGAGAGACAUCCAAGAAAGAAUUGCAGCAACUACGGUUGCCACUGAUUUCUUUUCGAGCAAAGAUGCACAGACAGAGGAAGACCAUGUUUUUUUUUUUUUAUUUUAUUUUUUUUGGGAUUGUGGUUCAUAUUGUUAACCUCUCGCCCAAACCGACAGCAGCAGCAGACUAAUAUUAGCACUCACCUUUGCUCCAUGUGUCAGUCUGUCUGGCUCUGUCUUUCUCACGACUCUCUUGCGAUACACACACACACACACACACACAGUCAGUAAAUUAGCUCCACUUAGCUCCACCUGUUUCCCAGGCUCAGUACUAUCCUCUCUCUCACGUCUCUGCCUACAAAGAGCAGAACAGAUGUGAUUGCCAGAGGACUAAACCGAACAUUUAUGACGGUUGCUUAAAAACAACAUAAAUGCCAAGUUAAUGGAACUCAUGUGCAGUCUCCAUUUAACACACACUUAAUAAACACUGGUCGUCAAGCUUUAACCCUUUAACCUACUUUCUUCUUCUUCUCUCGUCGUUGGAGCCUCCCCAGUGUCUCUAUUUGUGUUUGGAUGUAUUAUAACUGCACAAUAUGACAAGCAAGUGGGCAGAGUCAUGCAGUCUAAAAAGUAAGAGAGUCACCACUCGGUUCAGUGAACACUUCAUGAGAAUCUCUGUCUUUUUCUCUACUAUUUUCUACAGCAGCAGUUUUGUGAUGGUGGUAGCUAAUUACGAUAACCUCCACUCAUCUCUGCCUCCAGCCUUUUGUGUUUUGAAAAGAGAAGGCUGGAGAUCUAGUAGGCUGUUGAAACACCUACACACACACACACACACACACCAGCUCUCUCUUCCACACCAAUACUUGUAUCACAAUGCACAGACAGGACCCGUGAUUUUAGUUGUUUUAUUCAGGAUUUUUUGGUCUCAUCAAGGAAGAGUUUGUGGAGCCGCUUCCUUGAUGGCGACUGGGCAAGAGAUGUGAGGGCAGCUGGAGAAAGUCCAGACAAGAGGAUAUCCGCUUUUCUGAUAGAAGUUUUACUACUUUGUGUUGAACGUUUUAAAGGGGAAAAAAAAAAAUCUGCCUACCAGCUCCUCCAAAUUACAUUCUUCCCUCUCACAAGCCUGACGUUUGUGGAUGUGUUUAGUUGAGCAUGUGAUUUAUAUACUUGGCUAUAAUUGGACAAUUAUGUUCUCCCAUUGCCACUGUAGUGGGCGUCAUUUUCAAGUCCAGGCACCUCUUUGAGAUUCAACCACGUUGAAUGAGAAAGCAGUUCACCGCCUUCACCGCCAUUUCCCCACAUUUGUUUCAGGAGCUAACGGCUCGGCUGCUAACCGCUGUGCUUGCUUCCCAAAGGAGUCGAAAAGAGCACUAUCGGUUUGUCUCUGGGUCGUCACUCCCGCAAAGACAAUUGAACUUAACUUAACUUCUUCAGGUCACACCGCUGUGUAACUAUAGGAAGUAAUAAUAACCGAGGUGCAAAGAAGCAGGCUUUGGCAAUCAUGCGUCUUGAUGGUAUCAAGCUCCUGAGACACCGGAUCGUUCCUGUAUACAAAGUGAUACCGCUAACACCUCAAUGUUGUUUAUAGCACGCAGAUCCAGAAUCUCAAGAGUGUGCGAGUGUGAUUUGUUUCAAAUAGAUUUGCAGCUUUUGUCUCGUCUCAAGAUGUCGUUUACGUCAACUCAUAAUCUGCUGAUGGUUGUUUUCCUCACUCAUCACAAUAUCACAGUCACGUCUUUCAGUCUAAGCCUCAUUAUUUGGGUGAGAACAAAGCAAGCGGAUGUUUAAAGUGACAUUGCAGAGUUAAUGACGUUAAAUCUUUGUACAAAUCCAGGUUGCAAACAUAAGCUGUCACAACGGUUAUACAAACUGUGAUAAUAGGUCUGAUAUGUAAUGUCUGAGUGAUUCAAAUUCUUUACUUUCAUUUGAUCUGUUGAACACAGUGACACAUUAAUUUAACUUGGUGACAUGUUCAUUACUGUGGGAAACGCUCUCCGACAUGAAAUAUUGGUGCCACCAAAUUAUGCGCCCAUGCCACUAAUGGGAAAAUGUCAGCCACGGCAGGAGCAAAAAAAUCGAGGUCUUUGGGGGUUUUGAAUUCAAACAAGUCGUUGCCUGGUUUAAUUGCAGUGUGGUUUACUGUGAAAUUGUACGAUUGCUACCUUUUUGAAUUUGCAGAGCAGAUAUUACACAAAGCAUAUUUCAGUUCAUGCCCACAUUCAGCCACACUUCUGCUUGUUGUUUUGUAGAUGUUGCUUGAUUUUGGAGAGUUGCUUCUUGCGUUUUUCUGAUAUCUGACACCAACUUUGACAGCAUGACUGAUCAAACUACAGUGUAAUCAAAGGCUUCAUCGCAUGUAGCGUAUAUAGGCCACAUCGUUACUGUCAGCUUGGAAGAAUGAGUUUAUUUUAUUCAUGUCAAGUGUUCAUCAUGAAAUAUGUCUCUCAAGUGUCAUAUUCAAUCAGAUAUUAUCCGUAUCCAAAUUCAGAGCCUAUCUGUGAUUGAGAGAUUGCCUCCACACGGCUCUCAACAUGGCGACGGCGGAGAGCGACUGCCUUCUCUACUCGGGAUGCCAUUGCUCCACUUCUUUGCUGCUUUUUUUAAUGCUCUGAAUUUCAAAUGUAGCACCUUUUUGCUGUGUAUUCACUUUGUAAAACAUCACAUGGAGGAGUUUCCUGGUGGCAGAGGAAGACUCUGUCAUUAGUUCACUCUUUUGGGAAAACCUUACAGGGAAAGAGAAGGCAGUGGCUCUUUUUGAAAUAGUUUUUCUUCACCAUGGGGGUGUCACACAGAGCUGCUCCACCCUGGCUCUCUGUUUGUCUGUGUAAAUGAUUGUCUGGGUAUAAAUAGGCCGACAGUCUGGCAGGGCCAGGUGGUCUAAUCUGCCGGUUCAGCGUCCCGCUCUCUGCCUGGCAAGGUGGUGUUUGUCCUCACGUUAACAUUGGCCUCAGUGUUCCCAGAUGGGCUGCUUGUUGUAUGUUGAUGAAAAGGUGGCCUCACUCACAGAUACAUUUUUUUAUCUUUUAUACACGGGAGACAUCUGAUAUUUCAAUAAUUGGAAGGCAUAAUAUCAAACGUAUCAUUCGUGUUCACUUACGUGUUGACAUUUGAAAGAGUGUGAACUACAAACUAAAGCUGCAACAAUGAAUCGAUUAGUUGACUGAUAGAAAAUGUACUAUUUUAAUUAUGUAUAUUAAAUGUUAAAGCCAUUUCUCAAGUAAAUAUUUAAUGGUUUCAGCCUCUCAAAUGUGAAAAUGUGCUGCUUUUUAUUGUCUUAGCAUUAUGGCAAACUGAAUAUGUUCAAGCUCUGGAUUGUUGGUCGGAUAAAACAAAACAUAAUUUGCAAGAGUCAACGAUUAAUUAAUUAUUUUAGAAGAUAAUUGGCACAUUAGGGCUUAAUGUUUCACUUUUUCAUAAAAGGCAAACUCUGCUUGCCUUUUAUGUAAAAGAAGCGGAAACGUAGGAUUUAACUGUUUCUUUUACCCAUAUGUAAUGUUUAUUGUUCUGUUUUUAAAGAGAGAAAUUGUCAAUGCAUUCACUUAUGUCUCCUUGUAUCCAAUUUCCUGCCACCUGGAAACAGUAUGGCUGCUGAAUACUCAGCCUAACAAGGUUUUCCCCCUGGUGACAGUUUGGGAACAGCAGGAGCAACAACCAUCGUUACUGUGUGGUUACAACAACCUGACACUUUUUUUUUUUUUAACUUUUGGAUACAUUGUUCUUAUAGUGUACGGUAACCGUUACAGGCAAUUAUUUCAAGCUUGACUCCCUCUGGGCAUGGAGAUAUUGAUUUCUUAUCAUCUGGUUUUAUAUACUUUGGUUAGUAAAACAAUAACUUUCAUCCGUUAUUUUUCAGUUUUUGGUGGCCAAGCCGGUUUAACCUUUUCCCCCCCUCGUUCUGUCUUGUCCCUAAGUCGUCGUGUCCGUCUCCCCCGCCAUCACUCUCCCCCAACCUAAAUCGUCUCCCAUCAGAGGUGCCAACAUGUCACCGGCAGCGCUAAAGUCUAAUAGCUAUGGGAACAUUUUCUCUGACACCUGCGGCAAACAUGAAGCCUGCUGGGCUGCGGGGAGAACAGAGGGAGGUUUAUCUGGGAUGGCAGGCCUGGCUUGCAUCCCCAUGCCGGCAGAGACGGCGGCGCUGAGCUCGGCGCUUUACAGCCAGAUAAGGCCCCCAGACAAAGAGGCACCGCGGAGAGACCCCCACUCACUACAACGGAGGGGACGGGACGAGAUGUGUGACUAACAAGCCUCGACAGUUUGCUCCAGUUAAAUACCCGACUUUCAGCCUCUGAGUUAGUAGAAGUUAUAGGUGUAAAACUAAAGGUAGUCAUUAUGCAGAACGGAAGAUCUCUCUCUCUCUCUCUGUCUGUAUAUAAAAGUAGGGCAAAAUGGCCCCCAAAAAAUCAUCUUUAAAAAGCCUCUUCACAAUAUAUAAAAUAUCAACUGCCUGAUUAGUCUAUUUUUUUUUGUUUUUGCCAUUUUGUGACAUUAUGUAAAUGUUUCAUCACACUGGUGUUUAACUCACUGAUUAUUGGUCACAUUAUUGUGCACAUGUGACAUGGAGACAGAUCAUGCCUCAUAAUAAGAGUAGUAGUUCAUAGUUUAUUUUUCACAUUUCUCAGUGAGAGAGAAAUGCGGUUAUUAUUUUAGCUAGAAGUGAGUGUGUGUGUGAGUGCGUGCGUGCGUGCGUGCGUGCGUGCGUUUAGGCUGUUUGUCGGUGAGUAAAUGCUACAACACUUCAAGACCCAAGCCAAGUUCCUGUGUCUUGCCACCUGCUGAUUAAAGGGUCACCUGUGCCCCAGGUUCACUUAAGGUGGACUGACCUUUAAGGUGGACCAGCUAUUCUCAUUUUAAUGACAAGCUGCUCACCAGCUUUUAGCAGCGACCAGACCUUCAACAGCAGGUCAAUUUAUAUUCUUUUCAUUCAAAAGAAUAGAUUUUUUUUCUUCUUUUAAAUGUCUGGAAGAGCCCAGUAAUACAAUUGUCAAAUCAUGUUUCAGUUUCUCUUUGUGAGUUGCUAUGAAUGCACCUGAUUGUUUUUUUUUUUUAUGGGCAUAUGAUAUCGUCAAAAUUAGCAAAGCCACCUUGACUGCGAUCCUGCUCCUCGUCGUGAUCUUUGCUUUCUAUCGCAGUGAAUGAAACCAUCCAAAUACGGAGGCCGCUCAGAAUAGUCUCAUUGAAUGAGACAAGGUGAACCUUUUCACUGUCGCCGUGUAUCACGAAAUGAACAAAAGCAUGUUAAAACUUUUCCUGUGAGGAGUACAAUUAAAGCACAAUAUUGCCUGAUCAUGUACAAUACAUCCAUUUGGCGAUGUGGUGGUAAAAUAAACUGCUGAACUCAGACGGUGGUAAAUAGAAACCUGAGCCGUCGAUAUAAACAACAGGACUCCAGUUCUCAGGUGUGUAAAAAUGUCAUGCUGAGUCCUUUCUUCUAUGUCAAGACAACAUGUUAAGACAGUGUACUGUGCUGUAUUUGAAAUCUUUAGGAUAUACCACUACACACUGUGUGUUAUCUGUGAGUGGGAUGACUAUAGGUGGUGUGCAGACUAUAGAAUAUUCUCGUGUUCAGUGCACGCUGACACUUUACAGCCCAUUAUGUACAAAAAGAACUGAAUCCCUUUUGACUUUCCGAAGUAACGCAUGAUUGCACAAAAGCAAUUAUAUCGACAGGCACAGAUUUUUAGUUCUUUAUUCCACAUUUGCAGGGAGCUUACUUUAGCGAGCACCUUCCUCGGGUAGAUCUUCCCUUCUUUUUUUUUUUGCAAUAUCCUUCGUCUGCAUUGCAUCAACACUGCACAUUAACAAGUCUUUGAAGGAUGAAGCCACAGCUAGAGCUCGGGACUCUGAAAUCAGCUUCUUUGUUGGGCAAACCUUGGCAAGCAAACUUGAGUCACACAGUGUGCCACGAGACGCGUGCUCCAUCCAGCCUGUAAUCAUGAAUAUAGUGGAUUUAUCUCCAAACACUUGGAUGUGACCGGGAAUAAGGCAGGUCAGGAUAGAGUGUGCAUCCUCUAAGUCCUUUCCCACAUCUUCAUGCAGAAAUAAACAUGCAGCUUGUAUUUUCAUGGUUAAUUUUAUGUGUUCUUGCGAUAAGCAAAAGAGGUUUAUCAACGCAGACUGUUUUCUGGAUUGAGUUAAGUUUCCCCCGAAUAGUGCACGCCUUGUAUUGAGUCCUUACUCUGCCAUAGUGAAUGGGUAAUCCAUUGUAGCUAGUUAUUGUACUUCACAGCGGCUUCCAACACAAUAUCGGUCUAUUUCUUCGCCAAUGUCGAAGCAUGAAAAGAGAAACUCAUUUGGCAUGGGUCACCUCAUGUGACCAACAUCUUUUCAAAAAGCAAAUGGAGAAAAUAGUCAUUCAGAUGAUUCAGUUUUUUAUUUAAUUAAUUUUUUUAUUUAUUGUGUGUGUGUCGGCAUACGAGGUUCUGCUUGUCUGGCAAGAAAUUAACUUUGUCACGGCGGCCCGAGACAAUAGCAGGCAGGAAUUGCUGAGCCUGAUGUUGCACUCGGGAACAGUGAAGUCAUUUUGCUCCAGUAGACCACUUAAUAGCUUUAGCUGAUGCACAGUUUGGAAAUCCAUCAGUCAAUUGGGCCAGACAGAGAUGGGCAGUCUUGAGAGUGUCAGCAUGCUCAGUAUGGGGAGGAAACGGGUUGCAGGACAAUGGAGCUGCUCUCAUUAUGAGCUCCAGUCAUAUAGAUGCAUUAACUGCACAAUAUCAGCCAAUAAUGGUUUGAUCCAGCAUCGACACGGUGCUGCUUGAUUCUGUGUCGUGUGCCGUGAUAUGAGACGACCGGUGCAGCUUAUUUCACAGCUGUGGUGUGUUUUAGUGUGACUGCUUCAGUUUUGAUUGCACUGCAGAUUUUACACAUCAAUGUCUGUUUACAGGUCUUGCAGAGUACUAUUGCAUAUGAGAAAAAAAGUUGUAUAAAACCAUUCAUUGUCAUUUAGGUCAGCUUAAAAAUGAAAAAUAUGGGGAUGUGGAGUUAGAAAGACGUGCUUGAUGCUAGUGGUUCCAGGCUACAUUAGCCGCUACUAGCAAUACACACCCAAAUCUCCAUCUGAACCCUCCAAGGUCAAGUUGCAUUGUGGGUAAUGGUGGCACAAGGGAUGCUAAUUCAACUUUUUUAACCAACCAUUAACCGACACGGUUAGUGCCUAACAAGCCGCCCAGCUACAACGAUAUCUGAUGCAUAAAACGGGUUGAAUCCAUCAUUUAGCAACACAGCAAAACAGGGAGAGUCAGCGGCUACCAUGUUGCGUGCAUUGUUAUGAACACACGCAGCCACUUUCCCACUAAGUCUCCACUGCAUCUAUUAGUUUAGCUGCGAGGUUUAAGCUGCAAGUCUUCCCGACAUCAGCUGUCAGGGUUCCUGCCAGUGUGUUGCAAGUUCAGCGUAAAGACAGUGAGUGUCCGGUCAAGAGAGUGAGUGUGUCGAUGAGUAUGAUGUUAACAGUAACGUUAUAGCUGUGAAUGUAGCCGUGCAGUGUGUCUACAGCGGAAGCCACAACAACGGCUGAUUUAGAGUGAAGGUGCUUAGCUCUGAAGUUAGCGACGACUCUGACUCACUUAAAGUGGGCUGACCAUUUAAGGUGGACCAGCUAUUCUCCUUUUAGCUUUUUACAUUUUUUCAUAUUUCUUUUAGCUGUUUAACUGAAUUGGUCAGUCAGAAUUCAAAUUGUCGGUUAAUGGUUAAAUGUUUUUUUGGGGGUUUAUUUGGUUACGAUGCACAUUAAUAAAACAUGAAUGUAAAUGCGCCAGAGUUAGCCAAGAGGCUAGUUUUCAUCAAGUUAAUUAUUAACUUGCUUAGUAGGCGCUAUACUUUGAUGAGAAGAGAGAAUAAGUGGGGAAAAAAAGAGAUUUUUUUGUUCUACUGCAUUGAUUUUCAUCCUUUUUUUUUUUUUUUAAAUGUUACUAUUGUGAGUCCGACUAUAUAUGGUAAGCGCAAUGCUGAAUCUGUGGAUCGGCUUUACACCAUCGGCUAAACACCUCAUACUCCAACAAGUAGUUCCCCGCAAGGAAGCCUUUCUGAAUAAAUCUCUACUUUAGGCACACAUCGUAUCUAAAUGAUCCAAUUUUUUGUUGAAAUAAGUUUGACCGAACGUUAUUAAAAAUCCCAACCCCAUAUGGAUUCCCUCUAUCUUGUCAUCGUGUGGACGGGAGGGCAGACGACCCGAGCCUGUUGUGUCAGUCUGUGAGGAUCUCUUGUCAGUCCAUUAGGCUCCCCGCUAACCUCAGUGUCGGCACUCUGAUCCGACUAGUUAGGAUUGCGGGCGCAUUGCCGCCAAUGAAGUCACCGACCUUAGGGAGCCUAAUCAGCCGUGGUGAUGGUGCUGGGUAAUAUGAGGGAAUUGGUAUUCGCUGCGUCCCGAGUUUAAUUAUUUAUACUUUUGCUUCGAGGUAGAAAGCUGGAUUUGGUGAAGAGGUGAGUGACUGCAGCAGAGUACAUGACGAAGAAGAAGUCUUUUUAUCGUCAAAGCAGCAGCCUUUAACGACUCAUCUCACGGUGGCGUGGUCGUGUGUCGUUUCUCUUAUAAUUUAUUCUCACUGUGGCUGAUCUCUUCUGAAUUCAGUUGUCAAACUACAUUGUAAUCAUUCGAGGAAUAUCCUUAUGUAAGCAGAAAUAUUGAGGGCUGAGCAUGAAAGAUUCAAUAGAUGAGGAAGUCCUGCAGCCUACCGGAAUAACUUUAGCCCUUUUAUGUUACUCCUGGUUUUUAAGUACUGAUUGAAAAUGCUCAUUGAGGGUUAAUAUCUGUGUUGCCAUUUUAAUUUUAUUAGAAAUUUUGAUUGUUAUUGAUGUGAUUUUCAGAUAUUUGCUGGUUGGACAUCCUAAAGUGUUUGGAUUGGCUGUUUGUCCUAAAAACCCAGCAAUGCGCAGCUGUAGUUGUGCCAGUAUGCCGCACAGUUUCUCAUCACUGCUAAGCAGCUCAGUCCUCUUAUCAGAGGUGUGGAGACACGGUAAUCAGCCGUUAAGAGAGGAGCCUGCAUUAAGAAGCAGAGCAGGCUCAUCUGUCUCUCAAUCAAAGGCUGUGCACUCUGUUCUGUGCAUGCAGGGAACACAAUGGAGCAGCUGAAUCACAAACGUGCACUGGGCACACGGAUAGUAUUAUUUCAUUAUCACAACGAGUGACAGACAGAUCUGUAUUCUUUUAAACGUGUGGAUCAACAAAUCGACUGAGGACAUCUUUCAUCUCUUUAUGUCAGCUCACAGCCAGUCCAUGUGCUGGCGCAGGCAGAAACAGGAGCUGUUAACGGCAAAGACAGCUGCACACUCAGCUUUAAUUGCAUGACGAGUAAUUUAGGCGAUUAUACCUAUUUUAGCUUACUUAAAUGUUAAUCAAGCAACGUCUGACGGAGCUAACAGGACGGGGAAAUUGUAGAAAGCUUGUAGAAGUAUGUGUUUGUGUAGAAUGAAUUCUACUGCCUGUGGUCGUUGCUUUACAGCAUCCCACACACACCAACGCACACAUUUGUUGUAAUACAAGGCAACACUCUCCUCUCAUAGUGUUUUUGUUGCCUAAAGCCAUUUUAUUCAGUUACUAAUUGUUUAAAUUUCUUUGCCGACUUUUUUCUACUUGAUGUGAGUUAAAUACUCGCGUCCGAUCGACACACCAGAGCUGAAGACGGGGGUGUCUGCCUAUCUCACCCUCUCCCCUCUACACACAGAGCCUGCCAGGCUACUGAUUUAAGUCCUUGUGACAGGGAGAGCUGAGCCCCAUCUACCCCUUCACAUGCAAGACUGCUUUUUUAAACCUUUCUUUGCCGAGGAUUGGUUGGACUCGGCACCUCUGCUCUUUUUCCAGCAAGGCCCAGUAGCACGUAUAUUCAAACUGGGAAAGUAAUUUGAUAAAGACUGCUGGCCAUAUCCUCAACACUUUUGAGGCUACUGCCUCCAUUAAUGGCCCUAAUUUUAAGGAUAAGAUAUAAAAGCUUUGUCUGUUACUGGAUGGAGGCUGACGAUAAUUACAGAGACCUUAAUUAAACACAACACAGCAUUGUUCCUCUUUAUUGCCAUGUCUAGUAAUCAGUCAUUUACUCCUAAUACUCUCAUUAAGUCCCCCUCGUUGUCAGCCUUUGCCUAAUUAACUCAAUAAACUAAUGGCGCACACUUUUUCAGUUUUUUCAGAGGGAAACUUAUCCUCACUGUAAAAUUCUUUAGCCAGCAAAGAAAAACCGUGUCUGUUCCUCUCCCCCUCGUAUUAGAACUCCUCUUUGUGAGUGAAAUUCUGUGUUGUUUUUUUUUGGCACCUCUAUUCGAGAUCCUGGGCUGGAGCUCGCCGUGUGUCUGAGCGUGUGAGCGAAAAUGAUUUCCCCCGACCUCCAUCGUUGGCCAUGAAUGGAAAAGAUGGCGGCGCGUGUCUCCGGCUGUUAAACAACACACGCCGGCUCCCAGCACACUCGUAAAUUACUGCAGCGAAAGCCUCUCCCAAGACCGCCUUCAGUGAAAACGGUUCAGUCGGUGAGGCUGCGUCCCAUAACCGGCACCGCGGCUGUCAGUUAGCGGAGUUUGUGGCUCAGAGACCGGGACUGUGUUUACAAAUUCUAAAAAGCCACUCGGCUAGAUGCAUUAGUUUCUUUAUUGCCUGUAUUGUGUCACACGUAGAAUAGUUGUAUUUUCUGUGCUGUCUCCCUGUUGAAAGUACUUCAGGAUACCAAAGGUUCAGUGUGGGUGUUGUAACAGAAUAUAGCAUUUAAAGCUAAAAAAACAAAAUAAAUCUGCAACUAUCGUGGUACACGAUUAAUCAUUGAAGUCAUUUUCUAAUCCAAAAGGCCAUUUGAUGGUUCCAGCUUCUCGAAUGUGAGAAUGUGGUGCGUUUUCUUGUCCAACAUUAAAGUAAAUGUAUUCUGGACUGUUAUCUGAUAUCAAGACUUUUGAUGACAUCCCCUUCUCUCUGGUAAACUGAUAUUUUUCACUGUGUUUUUAUAGACCACGUGAUUAAUGGAGAAUCAACAUAAUCGGCUGUCGCAGCUUUAUAGUAUCCGCCUAUGCCUAAAUUAAACAUACUGGAGGGUAACCAGUGCUCUGGGAUGGCCUCUUAUCCACCUAAAGAUUCCGAUUGGCUCCACUAGCUCCUCCAGUCAGUGAAGUAUGUUCACUCUGCAUUGUGUAACUCCACCAUGACACCAAAGCUGCAGGACUUGUCUCAGCGUUUCCAUGAACCGAAGCUGCAAUUUCAUUUGUCAUUUGUGGAUGCACACAUUUCUAUUGCCUUUCCUCACACUCAAGGGCUUGUGUCCUGUCUUGGUGGUGAGAGGAAAUAGUUGCGUGUUGCUCCUCUGGCUGUGUCUGUUAACAUCGGGGGGAAUUGUUUUCCUGAUCAGAGGUUUCAGCCUGAGCUGCGUCUGAACGAUGGAAGAUGCACUUUCUUCCUCCUCGAUGGUUAUUCGGUGGAGGACAGUGGACACGUCUGCUCUGCUCUCUCUGUCCUCUAUUUGCCUUCUUUUUUUUUUAACAUUUCAAUAUUUAUUUGUUAUAAUGUACAAAGCUAAACAUCUAGUAUAACGUCAACAAGACGACACAAGCAACUCAUCUGCUGGAAGAAAUGCUAUAACAAUGAUUUAUAGCCCACAUACUGCUUCUGUUUUUUUAUGACUCACUGCUGAAUGGAGUGAAUAUCUGUAGUUUUUAAAAUUGUUUACACGAACUGUUUCCGGAUCAGUUCACUGUCUGAAUGAUAUGAUUUGAACAUUUAUGGGAAAAAAGAUCUACAGCCACGUCUUUUAGGAAAGCACCCGCAGGGCUCGGAUGACUGCUUGUGUGUUUUUCGGUUUUUACAUCGUGGCCUCACACAUAUUGCAGCGUAGUGCUGCUGCUCAUUAACACACACACACACUGUACCACAUGCAUGUUGGCAAAGGCGUGGGAACAGUUUGGGCUGUAUUUUCAGUGUGUGCUUUUGUGUGUUGUCUGCAGUACUGUGUUAAUUGUAGGACAAUUGUGAUUAUGGGAAGGAUAGCAGAAAGAGCCACAUCACUACAAACAUGACGCACGCUUCUAUCCAGUGAAGCCUUUUCAUUCCCACACCCACGGGUGACAUCUGACAACUGCAAAGGUUCCGCUGUCAUUACUCAUACACGCAACCAACAGAAUAACAUCACAUCUGGUAAUAGAAUUACAAAAGGUGUAUUAUAAAAUAAGUCUUCCACGAAGUUUGUGACCAAAACAUUGACAUUGCAUAGUAUGUGUACCUCGAUCCACUGUUCUUUAGUUUAUCACCCCUCAGUGUAAUGACCACAAAGAUGCUUUUAAAAAGCUCCGCCUCCAGGUUAGCAACACAGCAAACAUAACCACGGUCUGAUAGUUUUACUUUUUUGUUUACGUCAGUUAGAAAUGAUAAAGCAAACCGACAUUGAGUGGGAACAUUUUUGGAGAGUUGAGGCUGGAAAUCCUCGUGCUGUUUCUCUCGGAAGAUAAUGGAAAUGAUUAAUGCACAUGUGGUGUAACAAGAUUUCAGCUCUAUUCCCAGGUGCACUUUAAAAGACAUUACAUUAAAUCUGCUUCACCACAGAGUUAUGAUACAGUUUGGCGUUCCUAAGUAACCAAAAUCAAGGGUUCUCAACAGUAGACCUAAAUAACAAACUGUCUAUGUAACAUCUGGAUUUCUAUCAAACUGUUGCUUAUUAAUAUGGUUAAUCGUAAAUACGGGUAAAGAACAAGACUCAUUUUAAUUAAAUAUUUUAGUGGUACAAGAUGACUUAACACCUCAUUGCCUGACAUCACCUGAUGUCAACAAUGCAGAGGAUAUUUCAUUUGUUAUUUGUAUGCAGUGCUGGUCAAUGUAAAUUAGAGACGCUUGCGCAUUUCAGACACAUUUCUGUGCGUUUCUGUGUUUUAGAAACACACAGAGUUAUUAUCAUUUGGUUGUGCUUUUUUCGUCCUCUACCUGAUGCUGUGGACAUAAUUUAAUGAUCCCAGACAAAUGUAAAAACCUCCGAGCUUUCUCUCCGUGUGUGAGAUGAGGUGCUUCAUCACAUAGAUAAGCUCGCAGGCUGAGGGACGGCCACAGCAGAGAAAAGGCACACGAAAACCGCCUGUGACCGACCGAUCGGUUCUUGUGAAGUUCGUAUGAUUAAUCCAACGUCGCAAAUUUUUACGGAGGGCGAUUUGGUUGCUGCCUUUCCCAGGCUGCUGUUUCCCUGCUGUGGAGACAAAAGAUGAAUGAACCUAUCGGGGCUAUUAUCGGGGGUAUCUCCCUUCUCCAUCACGAUGGGGGGCAGUAGACUCCGAUAAUCCUCUCUUCACUGAGGGGAUCCUCUAAUCCCUGCUAGACGCGGGUGUCUGGCCUCGUGCAUUCCUCAAGAUGACUAAUGUACCGAACGGCGUGUGGAAAUGCAUAUGAAAAGUGAACUCGUAUUUACACAAGGCUCAACGCGCGCAGCAUUAACUGAAUGAUAAAUACCUGUAGCAGGGGAGGCACAGUGAGCAUCUAAUGGCAUUUUGAAACAGUUAAACUGACAUCGUUGCACAUACUGCGUAUUGAUUUACCAGUUAAACAAGAGCAGUACAAUGCUAAGAAAUAAGACCAAACAAUCGUCAAUCUGUACACACUUUUCAGCAACUUGUGCUUAACCAGCCACCUAACUGAUUGUUUGUACCUUCUUUCUCAUUUCGACAAACAAUUUGUUGCAUUUCUUCUCCAAAGAAAAUCGAUUUGCUCUAUUAUAAUAACGUCUGCAAAGUUUGUCUGCAUGAAACUCUGUUUACAAAACUGUCUCCACAGCUUUUGUGCCCACUCCGAAGGUUGCAUAUUGAUAAGCGCGCCGGGAUCUGAAUCACAAUUUCAGACGGUAAUUUCAAAGUCCAGUGUGAAAACUUCUCUCCUCCCAGCUCCUCUGCUUCAUUCGUAAUCAUCAGCAUACACAUUUCCUCAGGUUAGCUGCUCGGGCUUCUCCUAGCUGUAGAAAAGCACUUUGGAGCUAAGUGUGUGGGAAUGAAAAAUGUCGGUAAUAACAAAUAUGAUCGGGACUGAGGGUGCCUUAAGAUUGAUGAAUGCCAUUUGGGUUUUUUUCUGCCCACAAAGGAGUCAUUUUCUUUGCACCCCACCCCAUCAUUUCAUUUCCCCAAAUUAAAAAUAGCUGUCAUUAUUCUUCCGUAGUUUAGGCUAAUGCCAUCGUGAUGGUGAAUAAGUAGCCAGUUUGUCUCUCCUCACAGCGGGAGUGUGUGCACUCUCUCGUUGGCCUUGAUUUCUCUUUGUGGUUUCUAAGUACACUACAGUCCUAAUGUCUGAAGACUAAACAGUAGGUCUGAUAGUUUGUUGUCUGUCAUACAUCAUCUUCAUCUGUUAGUUUAGCUUUACUGCAUGCCUCGUACCUACUAAACCUUUACGUUGGAUAAAUUAAGUUCAUCUGUAAAUUGUGUGCUCAGUAGUUGGUUAAAAACCAGCACUCUUAUUUGUUUAAUUACAGAAUUUGUGUCAGUGCUCUCUUAGCUGUUUGGGAUUUCUUUCAUUAUGUGGAAAAUAAGGACUGCAGACCAUUAAAAAUGGGCUCAGAUGUGUUAAAAGGGGUUCUAGUUACGGGAAUAGCGUUUAUUUUGUUUUCUCAUCUGAAAAUAUUCAUGCUUGGAGAGCCCCCAUCUAAACACAAGCCAGUGGUUUAAUCACGCUCUCUUUUCCCCCCCAUCCCUCAAACUUUGUUUUUUUUUAUUCCCAUCUGCAUUGUUGUCUCUAUUGAAAACAUGUGGAAAAAGCGAAACAAUUGUGCAUUCGCUCCUAAACAUCCCCUCGCUGCAUCCUGUGAUGCCGGGGUUAAUCUAGUGUUAUCAGAUUGUCUCUACUGACUCAUAUCAGGAGGUCAGCGGUGUUGAUAAGGACGCUUUAGUAAUUAAUUUGAUUAUAGUUGUAUUUUGUGAGAAUGCUGGCCUUCAGCAGCACUACUUUUGUUCUGUUGCGUCGUCUGUAUUCAGCACAACAGACACAGUAUUUGUGAUGAACAGCUCAGAACUCAGAGGGGGCAAGAAGGCUUCAAAUACAUCACAGGAGUAUGCUAAUCUGAUGCUAAUCCCAACGCUAAUCUGAUGCUGACAGAGGUGCAGGUUGUGGAGUUAAUCACUGGGACUGUGAUUUCUUUAAAACUUGCAAUGAGAAAUGACAUUUUGUCACCAAAAUAUAUAACCCCAACUAACAUACAAAUAUGAUUCAUGGAUGUUUUACCUCGACCGUCUUAUUUCUCUUUAAAUUGAAUUUAACUGGACCAAGCUGCAGUGUAACAGUUACAAAAACAUGCAGAAAUAUCCAGCCCUGACUCCUUUUAAUUAUGUUCACAAACUUUACUACCACUUUAAAUAGGCUGCUUUGUGGAAACACAAUAUCACCCAGAUUGUGUUUUUAUCAGCAUAGUGGCAAAAAACCGAUUCUGCUGAAUGCGUCUGUGAAAAAUGAAAUUAUUGAAAGUUAAUGUUGAUUCUCUUGGUCAUCAAUUCCAACAUUAUUCCGUGGAUGAUAGGAAUGCUGAACUGUGUGAGCAACUCAUCACGUCGUGAAUGUGUGAAGAGAACAGGUUGCAGAGUCUUGCAUGCAGAGGAGCUUUCAAACAUGGCAUCAAGAUGCUAUUGUGCCUCUCGUAUACAGCAUGUGUCGGCAUGAAUGCACAUACACGUCAGGAUAAGUGAUAGAAAUCUUAUCACUGCCAAACAUGGAAGGAAGAGAAUAAAGGGAACUGCUGUGACAUGAGAUAUUUUGUCCGAUGGGUUCUACUUUAUUUGACGGGUACAGUACAUUGUGCGUGUGUGCGCUUGUACACGCUCUAUGGAAUAUGUAUUGUAGUGGGCUGAGAUUAUUUUUGUUAUGCAAGUCCAUAUGGGUUCAGAAAAUGGUGAAAAAGAGCCCAACGUUACGUGUUCCAGUUGCUUGUUUGUCUCAAGUGACACAAUAGAAAUCCUCACUUUUGAGAAGCUGAAGUCACAGAAUGUCUGGCAUUUUCCCCUUCAAUCAAUUGCUUAAACAAUGAUCACAAUUUUGUAUUUGUCACCUUAUUGUUUAAGCCCUAUUGUAUGCCGUCUAAUUAUGUGUCGUCUGCUUCUAGUACAAGUUAAUUCAAUUCCAUAACAGAAGCAAAAGUAUUGAUACUAAAAAAAAAAAGUCCACUAAAGAGCAUGAAGCACAAUCAGUGGAGCCCCGAAACUGCAGAAAACCUGCAGAAAGCAGAAGGAAAGUCUCGCUCGUGCGUUCUUUCGGUAGGUAUUCGGCGGCUGCCGUCAGCAGAGAGGAGCGCUGUGACCUUCUCAGUGGCCUGAGAGUGUGUUGGCGUGGCAUGACUGAUGCAGAUUAUCAUAGCUGGAGAAAGCCAAUUACCGUGGUCAUCAUAGCACCCUCGGGGGCCCUUUUCAGUGGAAUGAAAUGCAUUACAGAAUUCUAUGCGCAUCCUUUCCGGCAGCGUUUUUGUAUUUCCUCCACGCCGAUCCGCCCAGUUUGAGUGUUAAUAGCGCAGUCGAUGGGACCCUCCCGCGCCUCAGAGCCCUCUUUGGCUCGGAUGAGCUUCUGCUCCACAAAGCCGGGAGGUCGUGCCUCUCGGAGAAGCGGAUGAAUUACGUUCUCCUCUGGUUGUCGUCUCUCGCCAUUCAAGACAAAGCCCCUUUUUAUUUCGGCCCCUUCUUAACCAGUCUCAGUGAGCGUCCUUGAAUGACUUCAUGAGGGGGAAAAAGUCUGGUUGCAGAGUUGUGAUGGAACAGAACAAACAGCAACAGAUCAGACCUUUUGUUCUCCUUGUUUUUUACCCCCAAUACAGAUUUGCUACAAGACCAGAGAAGCUGAGAUCACACGCGGCAACGCUGCAUAGCAUGUACAAAGACCACAGAUCAAGCAGAGUCUGCGGUAAGAGGCCUGAGUGCACCUUCUAAAGGUCUUAUUCUGUGUCUAUCUCAGAAGCUCGCUGUCUUUUUAGAUGCCUCAGCCUCUGAACCUGCCGUUCUCCUUCCUGGAUUUGCAUUAUAUUCCUUUAUUUCAUGUUUAUUUUUGCCGUUUUCACUUUCUUUUUUGUUCAGACAUCAGAAUCCGCCGCAUCCUCUCAGUUACUAGUGUCAAGGCUUCUGAAUUCAAAGUGUUAAUCUCAUUCAAACUCAGACAUGUGAUCAUAGAGGAGUCUGACAUGGAGAGCAGUGUGACACACACACACACGCUGUUACAAAACUUUUGAAGCUCGAUGUUAAUAGAUCAGUCUUUUGCUUGUUUUUUUUGGGUGCUCAUGUGAACAGGUAGCUCAAGUCGAGAUUUCUGAACUUGCACGCAGUUAUUCACAACACACCCAAUGGCGGCUCAAUCUAACCAGCACAUUUACAGACGCUGUGGAAACCAGAGGGACGCAUCGUGAACCAGUAUGUACUGUUGCAGAUUUUUAUCUCAAGCUCAACAGUUUGUUCUUUGAUUGCUCAGCUAUAGUUAAUAGAUACUAAAUCCCUCACAUGGUUGUGCAUUCAUUCAUUGAGUACAUUUGCUUCCUAAAGAACUGUUUAAGGUGCAUCUCAAUCCCUUUAUGUUCAAUAACCUGCACAGCAUUGUGGGUUUUAGCCAUGCUGGUGACACUCUGUCCGUCAGAGGUCGGUGACUCCACCACUUUUGUUCAGACUCAAACAUCUUAACAUCUACUAAAUGGGUUUGCAUGGAAGUUUGUACUUUCAUGGUUCCCAGAGGAUGAAUCCUACUGACGUUGGUGAUCCCCUGACAUUUCCUCCAGGGCCACCAUGAGGCACCAAGAGGUUCUUCACAGCUAUCGAAUGGAAUACCAUUCAAAUGUUGUGUGAAUAACUUGCGUGGUUCCCUGACUAUAGCGCCAUCUCCAAUAUUUCCGUUUCAAACAAAAUACGCGCAAAACUAUUGACAUCCCCGUCAGCUUCAGCUGUGCUUCGUGGUAUGUGCUAAUUAGCUAAUGUUAGCAUGGUAAUGCACAAAUGCAAGACGGUGAACAUGGUAAACAUUACUCCUGCAUGACAUCAGCGUGUUGGCUUAAGCUGAAGGCACCACUGUGUUCAGCCUCACAGAGCCACUAGCAUGGGUGUAGACUCAGUGUUGUUACCUUGUGUCCUGUUGGGCUCUUUCUCUGCCUUAUUUCGCCCUUCUACCUGCCACUGAGCACCACACUAAAAACAGAAAAAAAGGAACGCUCGUACUCGUUGAACGGACAAUUAGCUGUUACGUAAUCCUGUUCAGAGAAACAUAUUUAAUAUUCAUUGCGCUAGGCACGGCUUUAAUGUGUCUCUGUGAGCCGCUAUUGUACUUUGAAAAACAACGGGACCCUACAGUACAUUGUUGGAGGAAAAGAAAUUGAACCAAGUGAGAAACUGACACUGCUUAAGCGAGAGGAAAGAGAGGGGGGAUGAGAAGCACCUCUCUCGCUGGGCUCCGGCCGAUGAGUGUGUCCUCCCCCAUUACUCUCACACAGCGCAAUAUGCAGGUCAGUCAGGUGAUAACGAAUGCUCUGUCUGAUACUCGGCCUCUUUCCCUCCCUCCUGCUCGUCUGGUCGGCUCCCUCUGUUGUAUCGUCGUCACCCUUUUACACUACACUGCAGCGUCUCACACAGUAUUUAGUGUAUUCACCUUCAGUGGGUUUAAUUAUCUGGCAAUGUCCCUCAGUUCAGUCAUGUUGGGCAGUUUAUGAGGCAAUGAAGACGUCAAGUCUCUUCCUUCAUUGAUUAAACACUGACUUAUGGCCAGAGUCUACACACUUUCUCAGCUAAUUUUGUGAGUUUAAAGGAACAAAAAGAGAGAAGACACCUUUGUGGAUCGAUCACUCGCCUUGAGUGUCCACAGUGCGCUCAGGAUUGGACGAACUACUCAAAUUCUGUGCACACCACCCCCCCACCGCACGACCGUCUGCAACAAGAAGGGAGGUGAUAAUGCAUUCAGCCAGCGCUUUGCUAAAAUACGUGGUGCUGGGUUCCAGGUUUGAUGUGGUGACAUUCCUCGUAAACUGUUUUUUUUUUCUUCUUCUCAUGUUGAGAAUGAAGCGUUUUGAUUCGUAGCAUGAAAUACCAGCGACGCUGGUCCUUCAAAGCUAGAUGUGGUUUCUGUCAUGGUAAGAGAUGGACUGCAGCCGGAUGUACAAAAUCCAAAAUUUUUUUGAUGAAAUACGAUUGAAUUACUACUUGACUGGAGAGAAUUCAGAAGAAAAACAAUAAACGUCAUAUUUGCAUUCAUGUUUUCAUUUAACAUGUCACAGCAACUCAUUUUAUGCAAAAGCACAGCUAUUUCCCAUUAUAUGCAGAUAUGCACAUGACUAUUGUGUUACAAAGGGGGCCAAUGGUUUCCAGAAUCAACUAAAAUGUCGCUGCUGUCUUAAAGACAACAGGAUGUCCCACAGUGGCUGUUUUGGCGACUUCUUUGACCCACAUUUACACUCACUGUUCGUCUGGUAUUCAGAAUGACGCCCAUAUUUCACGAUUACAGUCAUCAGAAGAGAGAUGACUAAUGCGUUGCCAGAAAAUACAACUCAUUUGACAUUUACUAGUUUAUUAGCGAGGCGCUUGUACUCUUACGAUUCACGGCUGCUGUUAAAUCUGCAGGUGUAGAUCAGCACGUAGUUUACUAUGUGAAUGGAUAGAUGUGCGGAAAAAUAAAUGGGUCUUGUUGUUGUUUUUCAAACUCAGAGCGAGUUUCCACUUUAGGGUCUCCAAAGUCUCUUCAUCCCACAUUCUGCCGCCUUAUUUUUGUUGACCUCUUGGUGGCAGCUAGAUGUCUGUCUACAAGACUGUCUUUGUGUGAAUGUUGACUUGGGGGUUUGAGCCUGUGUGCGGCUGAUGGCACAUUUGCUUCCAGGAAUCACAACCAGCUUGCUGUGCCACACAGCUGCCAGGACGCAGCACGGUGCCCACCCGCUCUCGUAAAACCGCUUUUGCUCGUAUCAGAGGACCUGCAGGAUUUGAAUGCAGUGCAGCAACGUUGUCGAACAAACAAACACUGAUUUGUGAUCACUCCUCUUUUUGUGUGUGUGUGUGUGUGUGUGUGUGGCGAUGCAUGAGUGGUGUUUUGAGUCAAGUGAUUCCCUGGCUGUGAAUUAUGGCCGGGCAGCGAGUGCUGUUUAACAACAUUUCAGCGGUGCAGAGGGGUUAACAGUUAUUUUGCUCUCGGUUUGAGACUCAUUGCCAUCAAUAUUCAUGCUGAGGGUAAAUUCUCCAGUCAUAGGCCCGGCCUCCGUUUUGGAUUUAGCCUAAUCCGGUUUCCAGAACAGAUGCUGUCGUCAUAAAGGCACCGACUGUACUCUAACUCCCUCCUCUCCUCUUCCUCUCACGGCAAACAUGGCUCUGCAUCUCAGAACACGUUGGAUUCAGUUACACUUGAUGGCAUCCUGCCACUCCUACACAACUCAUUAAAUUCCUCCCAGGCAGGAACACACCAGUACGUGAACUGGGACACCGUGAGACUCACCUAAUGAGGUGCGACGAGUCACCGCAACCUUUCCUGUCCAGACGAUCAUCUGCUAACCAUCAGUCAGGGGGCAGGGAUGUGAGGUAAGGAGGAGGAGGAGGGAUAGGUAAUUAGAAAAGGGAAGGAUUAAGGAUGAUGGAGGUCAAAGAUAACUAGCAAGAAGCCAAAAGACAGAGAUGUCCAACAUCGUCGGGACACAUUUCCGUGCUGGCCGUCUUCCUGCGUGGAGGGCAGUGAAGUUAACGACAUUAUUCACUCGUGCCUGAGCUACAAACACAUUUGUGAUCUCAAAAUGGACGACGCCAAAUACCGUCGCAGUCACUUUAAACGGCUUUCCUUCCCGUCUCUGAAGGCCUCGUGGAGCUGCUACCUGAGCCCCUUUUGUUUGAUUGGAAAAGGGCAUAUUGGUACAGAGUAGAGCACUCGAACCAAGCGAAAACAGCACUGUGUGUGAUUUGGCAAGUUACUCGAUGGAGACAAACAGUGCCGACACCUCACAGGACAAAUAGCCAUAAAUGUUUAGUGAAAAGGGAACUAUUGAUGAAAGGAGUGCUGGUUGGGAAGAAGGCUAUUCCUCCCAGAGGCCUGAUUUUACUACGAUAGCUCAGAUUUCAUAAUCAGUAAUUGAAUUUGAAUAAUUAAUUUUAUGAAACACUUCCCUGUUAAAUAAACAAAUGAGCAUGAGAUCUUAUUUAACAGAGUUGACCAUUCUAUACAUUUUUCUUUAAUAUUUCAAGCCUAUCUGACGACAUGAGUUCAUGAUUUAUGGAGCUUUUAUCUGUUUUCUUUAUUUUUUUUUCACAGAUGGUGAAAUCUUUCGGCCAGAAUGAGUUAUUUCACCUCACUUUUAAGCAGUUUAUUUGACUAAAGAGGCCCGUAACGUCACCGAACACACACAUUCUCAUACGAAACCAUAAAAGCCGAACCGAGAAUGCUUUCAUCUGCUGAGGCAGGGAGGCAAAUUAGUGUUUGAUUUGAAUGUUUUGCUACACUAAGCAGGCCACAAAAAGAACAUCAUUGUUUUAAAAAAAAAAAAAGGAGACAUCAGAUAAACAUCAUUCCCUAGGGACACUGAAAUUGAAUGAGAGCAUGCACUGGCUGUUACUCAUUACUACUGGCUGACAGGGGUAAUUGAAUUCUGCCUGGGAAAAGAAAAAAUCAGUUUAUUUCUCCUCCUUUCUGGUGACCAGCUAUCGGUUAUUUUACAUCCCUACAUGCAGAUGAUGGAUGCGUAACUCCUGGCUGAUAACGCUGUGUUUGUAGCCGCUGAUGUGUCUCUUAAAUUUGACCUUGAUGUGUGUGCAUGUGCUCUGGGGGAUUUUUUUAUUUUAUUUUUUUAACCAACCCACUUCACAGGGCAUGUGAAGCAGGGAAUAAUAGGCUUGUCCAUCCAAUAUUGUUCAAAGGCUAGGCUGCGGUCCAAAUGUGAGAGGAAGACGGGUCCACAUAUUACUGUGUCAUGUUUCAGAAGUCUUUCCAAGAAUCCUCAUUGUAACGUAGCCUGAACAAUACAUUUUGGGGGUGUUGGGUUGGUUGCCUAAAGACGGUUAUAUUUCGUCCUCAGGCCAGUCUGUUUUGAAAGUGUGGGAUUUGUACUUUAACUGAAACAAUAAGUCUGUUGAUGCUAAUAAUGUAGUCGGAAGUGAAAAAGAUGCUCUUUCAAAGUUGUUUUUGGAUCGACCUGCCAGUUUAGAUUCUUGUUCAGUUGUACCUGCGGAAGGGAAGUUGUCUGUUGGUAUAAUUUUAAGUUGACUUCACAUACGAGUUCGUACGGCCAAUAUAACCUGGAAAAGACAUGAAAUUUGAAAAUAGCAAUUUCCAGCCCCGGAGAGCUUUUGAUAUUCUCAUAAACCCAGAAAGUUUUGGAAAAGUGAUGUAACUGUGCUUCAUAAAUACCUUUUUAUAACAGAGGAUACGUGGUUCUGAGAGAAGUCUCUUAUGUUCGGGCGGAUCAGUUACUUCACUUCAGACUCCAAACUUUUAUUCUUAUUCUUCCAUGUAUACACUGAUGGUUCAGAGGAAAUAUGUGAACCCUGUUACAUGUACAUCCAAAUCAUCCGUCACCACUGUCUGACUGUAAACAUGCAGUUGUUAUUUCCAGGAAGUAACCGUGGAUAUCGAGCAAACGCUUUUGUUUUCCGAAGAAGAAACCUGGUUUGUUUCUCUAAAUUAGUCCGUUGCUGUAGUUACAGUAUUUGCUGACAGCGGAUGAAAGACUCGGUGUAGUACGUCACUCUCAUAACCGCACCUUGUUUGUGGAACGGUGCUCUCCUGACUUCACAGUGGGCUGGAAAUUGGUAAACACUUUGAUUUACCUUUUGAAAUGAUCGUAUGACGACAGUGGAAACAGACUCAUUGGUGGAGCAGAGGAGAGAAUAAUUUGAUCCUGAAGAUAUUCUUCUAAACGUGCCCACGGCCUUCUGACCUGAACUGCACAACCUCAGUUUAGACUUGUGUAUAUAUGGAUGUUUCUGUUUAUGCAUGUGUUUGAAUGCAGCUCUUCUUUGACUCCUCAUACAGUCAGUGGACAGUUUAUUAGCCAGACAUGAGAUCUGUGUGGAGCCAUCAGGAGACCUGCUGAACCUGUAUCAUCAUCUCGAGGGUCCGUUGACUUGAGCCAGACUUUAACGUGAUCUGUCUCCCUUCAUUUAUAUUCUUGACACAAACAGCUGUCAAAAGUAAAUACCAGAACAGACACGUUGUAAAGUUUGCCAAGGAUUCGGUGGUGCUAAGCCUCCUGGAAGGUGAGGAACUAGGUCAUGGGCCGGUUCUUAAUCUGCACGUGUCGAAACACAAGGACACGAUCAUUCAUUUCAGGAAGUCGACGCCCAACCCAAAACGAUGGAUAUUAAAGGGAAUGAAAUUGACCUGGUGGAAAAUCAAAUCCAAGUAGAUACAACUUCUAAUCAGGUCCAAACAGCAUCUGCACUCCUUGAGAAAAAAGCACAUUUUCAGUGUGUGCAUAAUUGCAUGUGUGUGCGCUGCGAUGAUGACUCAGAAGUUUCAUUGCGUCUGUUCUGUCCUUCUGUGUUGUUUGCACAGUAAUUGCACGAGAUCUCCCCACCAAAGCACUUUAUGCAUUCAGCUGUUUUUUUGCACCGUCUUCAUAUGAAGUGAUCUCGCUUUUGUUUUGAUUGUUGCAUUAUGUGAUUAUGGUUUCAUAAAGAAUGUGUUUGCAUACCUGGCGGCAACCAAAUUUUUCCUCUUGUGGGAUAAUCAAGUUUGACUUGACUUGACUCCAUGACCACGUUUUGACAUGAUGACACACACACAGACUCACAAGGUGAAGACAACACCAGCGAUGUUUUCAUGGCUGGUAACAAACACUGAACAUUAUAAUGCUCAUAAAUGUGGUAUUAAUUGCACUGCAGCAGUUGAGGCAAAGUGUAUCUAAUACAACUAGUCUCAACUUUAAUGAAUAAUAAACCUGUUUGACAUGCUGUUGCCAUUAGGAGUUUAGACUGAACAAUAACAUUGCACAGGUGAUGUCAGUGUCUCAUCCAGAAGCCAGACUGAACCAGACUGAAGGGAGUUCAUGCUAUCAUAAAUAAACGACUCAGCUGACCACAGCAGACAUCAUCCGCAUCUCUUUUCAUGACUUCACACAGCUUGUGACUAAUUAUGGAAGCAUAAUAGUGUUUGUUCUGCUGUUUUCCGUGUGUAAUUAAUCUUCCGGCUUUGUUGAUCAAACCAAGAAUGCAUUCACAUCCUGAGAAGCCUGUGCCCACAUUUAAACAUAUUUAUUGUUCACAGCGGGAGCCAAAGAUGAUGUAAAUAUUUAGUUGGAUGUAGUUGUAGAGUGGUUACACUGUGGGAAAACACAUCCUGGACGUAAUGUCACAGUCUUACUAUUAAAGGCUGCUUCACAGCCUGCAGCUUCAUCUAUGAUUUGAAUCCUACUUAUUUUAAAUAUGGACAGAAAACAAACAGUGUAUCCUGAGCUUCGGGGAUGAGGGGAAUGCCUCUCAUCACUGUCUGAGAUAUUGAACUGAUGAUGUCUUUGCGUCUCCUCCUCCAACUGGCAGGCUACAGAAUGACACCCUUCUUAAAAGAGCACAGCUGUUCUAAGUUUGGGUGAAAUAACCUCGCUUUUUAGGGGGAAUUAAUGUUGUUUUGCUGCACCUCAGAAAAUGUGAUAGAAAUCUGGUUUAUGUGGCACGCAGCUCGGGGAGUGGGUGGUGUUGUUGAGUGGUUCCUCCUGUUCGCUGUGAGGGACUUGCCGUCGGGGGAAGUUCGGCUGCGGCUCUCUAUGAAAACGACACCCUCUCUCUCUCUCUCUCUCUCCACGGUCCCUCCGGUGCUCGAGCUCGCCUCCACAGCACACUUGACGAAGAAUACGAGCACGAGUUUCUUUCUUUUUUUUCUUUGACGGUGACUGUAUAUCGGCCGCCCGGAGAGUUCGCCCCCCCUCCCUCCUCCCCUGAAGCGAACUGCUUGUUCGGCUUGAGCCGCGAACCGGGCACGUCGCGAGGGCGGGCUCGCCCCGCCGUAGCUAAAAAGGUCCCGCUUCGACGGGGCUGCUCUCAUUGCAGUCCAGUCUGCCGAGCGGAGCGGAGACUGACUGAGGUACGAGCCCCGUCUCCAUUCAAGGAUUCUCUUUUUUUUUUUUACACUUCGUCCUACAAGCAGACAGCCGACGGAGAAUCGCACCUCGCCUUCUGUGGACAAUGUUUCUCUUGCAGUACACAGGACUCAACUCUCUGCCCUUUGAUGCAGCCAGCAAUAACGACCCCCUCCACUUCAGCAGUUCCAGUGGGCCACUGGUGACGGAGUGUCCUCCUCUGGAAAGCACAGUCGACAACAGCAAGAAGAGGAAGAGGGCCAGCCUGCCUCCAGAAGGGAUCUGUAACAUGACGAUGGACUCCAACUCGAUGACGAUGACGAUGCCCAUGCCAGACCCCAACCCCUGGGCAACGGCCAUGAACAACCUGGGGAUGCCUCCCAUCGGAAUCACUGGACAGCAACUCAUGCCAGACUUUGAUCCCAGCCUCGGGAUGAUGCCUGGAAUAACCCCGCUGAAUCCCAUGAUGCCCGGCCUCGGUAUGGUGCCCCCACCCCUCUUCCAGGAUCUGCCAGUUAUCAAGGAGAUCAUCCACUGCAAGAGCUGCACCCUGUUCCCCCCCAACCCCAAUUUCCUGCUAGAAAAGUUUCUGCCUGGGGACUUUAUUCAAACAAGUCUUACAAGUCAUCUUCAAGACCUUCCGCCUCCGGCCAUGAGAGAGCGCCCUCCGGGGUGUAAGACGGUGUUCGUCGGCGGUCUGCCCGAGAACGCCACAGAGCAGCUCAUCGUGGAGAUCUUCGGGCAGUGUGGCGAAAUCACCGCCAUACGCAAAAGCAAGAAAAACUUCUGCCAUAUCAGAUUUGCCGAAGAGUUCACUGUGGACAAGGCUCUCUAUCUGUCGGGUUACCGUAUCCGUUUGGGCUCCAGCACAGACAAAAAAGACUCCGGCCGUCUCCACGUGGACUUCGCCCAGGCCAGAGACGACCUCUAUGAGUGGGAGUGUCGCCAGCGCAUGUUUGCCAGAGAGGAGAGGCACCGGCGCAAGAUAGAGGAGGAUCGCCUCCGGCCGCCCUCCCCUCCUCCCAUCGUGCACUACUCGGAGCACGAGUCCAGCCAGCUGGGAGACAAGAUCAAAGAUGACAAUGCGUUUCCGGAAGCGGUGCAUGUGCUCCUGACCUGGCUGGAACGAGGCGAAGUCAACCGCAGGAACGCCAACAACUUCUACUCCAUGAUCCAGUCCUCCAACGGCCACAUCCGCCGGCUGACGGGCGAGAAGAGUCAGCAUGAGAAGGAAGUGGAAGAGGCCAAAGACAAGUUCAAGACCGCUCUGGCCGGCAUAGUUGGCCAAUUUGAGCAGAUUGUGUCUGUAUUCCAAGCUGCUUCCAAACAAAAGGCAUGGGACCAUUUCUCCAAAGCUCAGCGCAAGAACCUGGACAUGUGGCGCAAACAAGCAGAGGAGAUUAGAAACAUGCACAGCGAACAGCUGAUGGGCAUCAGGCGAGAGGAGGAGAUGGAGAUGUCGGACGAUGACAUGGAGGAUUCCCCUGACAGCAAGGACUCGGAGGACUCGGCUGUUUUCCAAGCAGAAGCCUUAAAGGAGGAGAACGACUCGCUGCGCUGCCAGCUGGACGCCUACAGGAACGAGGUGGAGCUGCUCAAACAGGAACAAGGAAAGAACCAACCAAUCGGCAGUGAGGAGGACAACACGCACUCUCAGCAGCUCAGCUUCCUGCAGCAGGCUCUGCAGGGCAUGCAGAAGCAACUCUUAAAAAUGAGGGAUGAAUUAAAACAGCGGGAGGCAGAGCUGGAGAAGAGUUUUGAGGACAAACAGCAGCUGAACAACCAAGUCCUGAACCUGAAGGAAGGACUCCAGAACCUGCAAAACACGCACGUGAUGCAGCUGGAGACGUCGAAGGAAGACGACGGAGGCAGCGAGGAGAGCGCUAAUCAAACCAGCGAAGCCACUGUUUCAACCGUGGUGUCCUGCAGUCAGGAGAAGGAAGGCCCCACAGAGAGGAACCCACCGAGUCCCGUCCACUCCGAGAGGGAAGCUCUGCUCGUCGGGAUCAUUUCGACGUUCCUGCACGUCCAUCCGUUUGGAGCCAGCAUCGAGUACAUCUGUUCCUACCUGCAGCGUUUGGACACCAAGAUUAACACCGGUGAGGUGGAGGCUCUUCUUUCCCGGCUGCCCUGCACCUUCAGACAGGAGCUGACCGGCGUCGGAGCCAGUCUGGAGAAACGCUGGAACUUCUGCGGCUUCCAGGGCAUCAAGAGCACGUAG